AUGACCCGACGCACCAACAUUGAAUCUGCGCGGUCCGACGCGGCCUAUUUCGUGAAAGCGGCCCUGGUCGGCCUUCUCGUAGGAGGAUUGGCGACCGGUUUUCAUGCAGGUCUCGAGCAUCUGUUUGCCCAGUAUGCCGCCCUGAGAAACUCUCUCGGCAGUGGCGCAUUGCCGUAUGUCGUUUCGAUUCUCAUUUCAUCUAUGUGCGUUGCCGCAGCUUUUCUCCUCGUUCAACGGGUUGCUCCGGAAGCCGCCGGCAGCGGCAUUCAGGAGAUAGAAGGAGCGAUGGAGGACCGGCGCCCGGUUCACUGGCCUCAGGUGCUUAUUGCAAAAUUUUUUGGCGGCCUGCUUGCCCUCGGCUCUGGCCUGGUGCUGGGGCGGGAAGGACCGACCAUUCAUAUGGGAGCCAUGACUGCGGAAGCGCUCGCACGCUCUCACAAGGUCUCUCCCGCCGAUCACAAGGGCCUGCUUGCAGCAGGAGCAGCCGCGGGGCUUGCCGCUGCCUUCAAUGCGCCGCUUGCCGCAAUCCUGUUCAUUGUCGAGGAAACGAGACGGCAGUUUCCGUUCGGCUACCGCACCUACAUGGCCGUCAUCAUUGCCUCCAUCCUGAGUGCAGCCGUUACCGAACAGCUCACACAAACCGGCCCUCUCCUGGUUGUCGAUGUGCGUUACCUGCCGGUCUGGAGUUACCUGCUGCUUGCCUUGAUGGGCAUCCUGCUCGGUGUACUCGGUGUCUUCUUCAACAAGGCGCUGAUCACGGUCAUGGACCUGUUUCUGAAAAUCCCGAAGGGUCUGAGAUGGCUCCCGGCCCUUGCAAUCGGCGCAGUCACGGGCAUCCUGCUCAAUGCGGUUCCCGAUGCAACGGGCGGCGGCGAAGAUCUGGUCCAUGACCUGAUAUCCAGCCAUUAUGGCGUUCUUGCUCUCUUGUUGCUCACAUUCCCGCGCUUUGGCGGCGUGCUGUUUUCCUACGCGUCCGGUGUUCCGGGCGGCAUAUUCGCCCCCAUGCUGUCCAUUGCGACAUGCGCCGGACUGGCGUUCGGCGUGAUAGCCGUCGAAACGCUGCCCGUGGAAGAUGAUUUCCGGGCAGCCUGUGCCGUUGCUGCCAUGGGCGGUUUUUUUGCAGCGUCCGUUCGUGCGCCCCUUGUCGGCGUCGUGCUGGUAAUGGAGUUGACCGGAGCCUAUGCCCUGAUCAUGCCCGUGCUCGUCACCUGCACGACUGCAUCGCUCACUGCUCACCAUCUCGGCGGGCGCCCGAUCUAUGAACAGCUUCUGGAACGCACACUGCGUAUUGCAGGCCAGGAUCCCGAUAACGAGCCGGACAAAACACCGGUGCAACUCGGCACGCGCGAAGGCUGA